CUUCUUCAUAGACUCAAUGUGUGGAACUGGAGAAAAGAAUUGAAAUCAUUGACAAUAACUUUGUUGACUGGGAAAAAAAAGAUGAUCAUCUCAGACGGAAAUCACUGGAGAACUCUGUCCGUAUGAUCCUUGAGAAGAGCAAAUCAUGUCUGACACACCCAUUGAAGUUUGUUGACUUCAUCACAUUUGACAAAAACACGGCCCAUGAGAAGCUGAGCGUGUCGGAGGAUAAUAGACAGGUGACUCUCUUCGCUAAGGACAUGCAGAGUAACCAAAGUCAACCAGACAAAGCUCAGGAUGCCCGACUACUGCAUGUGCAAGCAGAGCAGACCUUCACCGCUGGCCAGCACUACUGGGAGGUGGACGUGCGAGGGUGUCGGAGCUGGGAGAUAGGUGUGGUGGGAGAAGAGGGGACAGAGAAGCUCUCCUGGACGCUGAGGCUGGACGACGGCGUGCUGACAGCGCUGCAUAACCAUGGCGACUUCAGAGUGAGAGAGCAGGACCUCUCGUUCCUCGGCGUGUUCCUCGACUGCGACAAGGGCCGCCUGUGGUUCUACAACGUCGACACUGAUGCCACCAUACACACGUUUCCGGUCCGCCGUGGCAGCGGCAGGACGAUGCGGCUGGUGUUCAGCAUGCCCAUGAGGAGGAGGACGAGUUUUCCUGUCUGGUCCUGUGUAACAUUUGUGAGAAUGACCCGAGGCCUGCAAGCAUGGCUGACUCAUGCGUGGACUCGCCAAACGCCCACUGAUCCUCCAAGGCCCGCUUACCCGAGCCCUGCCUGCCGUGUUUUCUUCUAACUACCACAGUUGUUCGUUUGUCUUUUAAAUUAUUUAUUUACAACUUAAGUAUAUUCGGAAAUCUGAGUAAAACACCUUCCAUGU